CUCGUGAUUUGAUUGGUAGACAAACACACACUAUAUUAGGUGGAAGUGAAAUAGUGUGAUUCGUUGUGCAUAUUAUUGCACCAGUUGAAAAUGUACUUCGACGCGUCUCCGACGUCCGUCAAGCCGCCGCUUCUGUCGCCCACUCUGCAUGCCGUCUUGUGGAUAUGGGUAUUUGCUUAUAUCGGCGUCGCGGCUCGCAUGGGAUUAGCGGAAGUGACGACGUCGCUGGAGAGGUCCCAGGCCAGACCCAGCGUGCUCACGGACAUGGGUCGACCCUACUUCGUCGCCAACAUCGUCGGAUGCUUUGUCAUGGGCGUGUGCCAGCCGUUGAAAUCCAAGUACACGCAUCUAGAGUCUGUAUGGGUGGGUAUCACGACUGGCUUUUGCGGCUGCUGCACCACGUUUGCGACUUGGCAGCUGUUCACGGCACACCAGUACCUGACGCAGCUAGGAGUGAAUGCCACGUUUGUCUUCUUUAUCCAGCUCACAUGUUGCUUUGGGGCGCAUUGGGGUGGUCGUUACAUUGGCACGAGUGUAUGUGAAAGCCCCGUAGAGCUUCCGCCAGCCGCCCUGGCGCUGCAACUUCGCAAAACAGCCGCCGACCAGGUCGAUAUAUCGUCGUGUUCUACGCCCAAUAUCUGGAGCUCAUUUUCACGUAGAGCGGAGAUAAAUGGCAGGCGGUCGUGGAUGUAUUGGACUCCCUUCUCCUUCAAACUCCAUCGGACACCUCUGACGAACCAGCAGCCGACACCCCGUCCGUUCUGCUCCCGCGGAUCUGCCUCGCUUCAUUCGGUAGCGGCGCCAUCUUGGUGUCCAUUGCAGUGGCUUUUCACCAGGCUACAUGGAGCUCGUUGUGGAUUGGGCCGUUUGGCGCGUUGCUGCGGUAUGCCUUGGGCCAGCGACUGAACAGGUCCACGUUGCCCUUUGGCACGUUGGUGGCGAAUGUGCUGGCGUCUGCCGUCAACUGCAUCGUGGUGUUGUGGCUUCGAGAGCCAGAGUGGGUUCAAGCAGCUAUUAUCACUGGCUUUUGUGGCUCCCUGUCCACAGUAUCUUCCUGGAUCAACGAACUCGACGGCAUGCCAGUGAAGAAAGCGGUGGCGUAUGUGGCCCUUUCGCACAUCCUCGCCCAAGUCGUCAGUUUGACGAUCCUCGGAAGUAACAGUUAACGAUAUCCUCUUGGAUUGAGCAUAACUCAUGUACGUAUGUAUACUGGUAGGUGAUGAUGGCGCCAACUCGAUUUCUUUGGGAACAUGACUCGUGUAAAGGUGCUGCAAUUGAAGGACGAUAGACAUUUCAAACAUGUGAGCUGUAUUCCUGUGUCCUGCUGCUGUAAUGUCGAAAAAGGAAAAGUCUCCGAAA